GCGGGGCGGUCCCGUCAGCGGGGCGGUGAGGGAGGAGGAGGAGGAGGAAGAUGGCGGCGCUGCCCCUCGGGCUGCUGCUGCUGCUGCUGCUGGCCGCCGCCCGCCAGGCCCGGGCCGUGCCCGCCGCCUCCUCCGAGGCUUUCGACUCCGUGCUGGGCAACACGGCGUCCUGCCACCGCGCCUGCCAGCUCACCUACUCCCUGCACACCUACCCCAAGGAAGAGGAGCUGUAUGCAUGCCAGCGAGGCUGCAGACUGUUCUCCAUUUGCCAGUUUGUGGAUGAUGGCAUCGAUCUGAAUCGAACCAAACUGGAAUGUGAUUCAGCUUGUACUGAGGCAUACUCCCAAUCUGAUGAACAAUAUGCUUGCCAUCUUGGAUGCCAGAACCAAUUGCCAUUUGCUGAGUUAAGGCAAGAGCAAUUAAUGUCCCUGAUGCCAAGAAUUCAUCUCCUCUUUCCUCUGACACUGGUGAGAUCGUUCUGGAGUGACAUGAUGGAUUCAGCUCAGAGCUUCAUAACAUCCUCAUGGACUUUCUACCUUCAAGCAGAUGAUGGCAAAAUUGUCAUAUUCCAGUCAAAGCCAGAAGUACAGUAUGUUCCACAGCUCGAACAGGAAACUGGAGACACGAGAGGAUCCUUAUCACUGAGUAAAACAGCCGCAGACCUACGCCCAGGAAGUUCGCAGAUGUACCGAGGGCUUUUUGAAGAGCACGGAAGCGACAGCCUUUUCAAGUGUCUUUCCAUAAAUUCCAGUUGGAUUUUAACCACUACACUUGUCCUGUCAGUGUUGGUGCUGCUCUGGAUUUGUUGUGCAACAGUAGCUACAGCUGUGGAGCAGUACGUUCCGUCUGAGAAGCUGAGCAUCUACGGAGAUCUGGAAUACAUGAAUGAACAAAAACUGAGCAGAUAUCCAUCCUCUGCACUUGUUGUGGUUAGAUGCAAGACCGAGGAACACGAAGAAGCAGGACCUCUUCCUACAAAAGUUAAUCUGGCUCAAUCAGCAAUUUAAAUAAGCCUCCAUUGGAAUGAACAGACUAAUUCUAACAGUGCUAGAAACUCCUGAUUGUUUGUGGUGGUUCUUCAGAUAAGAAGCUUAGCAGCCAGUCUUUAAAUGCAAAUAAAGUUACAGAAUCAACAAAUGUCAUGGGAUUUUGUUUUCAGGUAGUAGUGAAGAUUUCAGACACCUUGACUUUGUUUCCAGACAUGAUCACGUUCCACUGGUGUUUGCUAUGUGUCUUUUUGCUUACCAAAGCUGUAAGCAUGCUUUCCAUACUUCUGCCACGACACUUUCAAACUUAUUUGUGUGUUCUAGGAUGUAAUGUGUACAUUCCGAGUUAGCUUUGUAAAGGUAUAAGAAAUUUUAAGUGGGCAGGAGAUGCCUUUUUAGUGUUGCACUUUCUGUUGUAGUUAAGAGAAAAUAUUAUAAAAAUAUCUGCUGAUUUUUUUGUACUUGUUAAUGUCCAUGCACAAACAACCCUUUCUGCAAAAAUAAAUAUUUUUUUUUUCUACAGUGUGGCAAUAUCCACGAUGGAAAGCAUUUGUGAGGUACUGUAGGCCAGAACUCCGUUUGUGAAAGAUGGAAACUGCUAAAACGUGUGGACAUACCCUUCCACACACACACCACAUGGUCAAUUAUUUUGUCAAACUUUAUCCUUUAUGUCUUAAAUUGCUUGUAAAGUUAGAGCCUGUGUUUUCUGAAGAAAAUCUGCUUUCCACUCUUGAUUAACUACUCUAGCCUUGUAACUUCAUUUACAGAAACAAGUUGAUUCCUGAGAAAUGAGAACAGACAAAUAAAAAUGACUGUAUAGAAAA